CUCGAACUCGAGCCUGCCGAUCUAAGAGAAAAAGCGUCUCCUGUUUUAUUCUAUGAGACUACAUCCAGUGAGUACUACAGUCUGUGCGGAUCACAUCAUCGCAUUGCCGCUGCACAACAAGCCGUUGUGGAUGGAACGGAGCGAUACAGAGGGAACAGUGCGCGAGCGUUUAUGCGUGUUAUACAUUAUUGACAAUCACAGUCGAGGAUGUACUCCAACUACUCGGAUUGAUGCGAGUCCUGGACAUUAAAAGCAGACUGAAUAUUUUGUGCCAAAUCUCGUACGGGAAUAAAAAGCGAUAAAGUUGCAAACUUUAAAAACAGUCGCAUGGCAUUUAUGCCCUGAUCGGUUCGGAUGGCAAUACAGACUUUCAGCUCUCAAACCUGAGGUUAUCAUACUGUGCGGUUUCUUUGUAUAAUUUUUACUCAUUCAAGAGGUGGGCGAGGACCAGCGACAUCUCCCUCAUCCAGUCCGGUAGGAGCGUUGGGAAGCUUCCGGGCGCACACUUUUAUCCCGGACUGCUGAUAGUGACAAGUGUUGAAGACUCGAGAAAAGAUGCUGGCGUUUUACAUCGCGUUGUGCCUUUUAGGAACAUUGUCUGAAGCGGCCUACUUCUCCCAGCAGCCCCAGGACCAAGUGGUGGUUGCCGGCCAAUCAGUGACCCUGCCCUGUGUGAUCGUGGGAUACCGAGGCAUGGUCCAAUGGACCAAAGAUGGCCUGGCACUGGGCGGUGAAAGAGAUUUACCCGGCUGGACGCGAUAUUCUCUUUUGGGAGACCCGCUAUCAGGCGAGCACAACCUGGUGAUCGAUUCGGCUGAGCUGGGCGAUGAUGCAGUCUACGAGUGUCAAGCCACGCAGGCCGGCCUACGAUCCCACCGAGCCAAACUCACAGUGCUGGUGCCACCUUCAGAUCCCAUAGUGGAGGGAGGACCAGUGGUCAAACUGAAAGCUCACAGCCCUCAUAACCUGACUUGCCGGGCGUCUGGAGCCAAACCCGCCGCUGAAAUCACCUGGUACCGAGAUGGAGAGAUAAUGCAGGAAGCCAUCUACUCGAAGAGUCUGAUGGAAGACGGCAAGAGAGAAACUGCAGUUAGCCUGUUACCCAUGGUGCCCGAGGAUAGCGAUUCUGGACGUACUUACACCUGCAGGGUCCUAAACCCUGCCACCCCUGCAGGCCGCCAAACUUCGGUUACCAUCAACGUUCAGCAUCCCCCGGCCGUGACUCUGUCUGUUCAGCCUCAAACAGUGAUGGAGGGAGCGAAAGUGUUGUUCAUCUGCUCUGCUUCUGCCAACCCUGAGAUCACAGGUUACAGAUGGUCCAAGGGUGGGAUUCCCAUAUCGGAAGCCAACGGCGACAGCUUGGAGGUUACGGUGGACCACACCUACUUUACAGACCCGGUCUCCUGCGAAGUGUCCAACUCAGUAGGGAGUACAAACGUCAGCACAUUGGUGGAUGUACAAUUUGGCCCUAGGUUACUGACGGAACCCAAACCCCUGAUGGUGGAUAUAGGGAUGGACGCUGCCUUCACUUGCUCAUGGACGGGCAACCCUCCCCUUACCCUGGCCUGGACCAAACAUGGCUCCAGUGUGGUGCUCAGCAACAGUAACACCUUGCAGCUGAAAGCAGUGACACAGGAGGAUUCUGGGACAUACACCUGCAAAGCCAUCGUACCUCGGAUAGGUGUUGCAGAGAGGGAUGUAACUCUAACUGUCAACGGCCCUCCCAUCAUCACGGCUGAUGCCACGCAGCAGGCUGUCAAGCAUUCCAAGGGCAAGUUGGAGUGCCUGGUGGGAAGCAGCCCACCCCCUGACAAGAUUGUCUGGACCUUUGGGGACAUGAUGUUGUCAUCUGGUUCUUCUGGUCGUUUCUCAGUGCAGACGGUAAACAGUGACCAUGGUGUCAUCUCCUCACUUAUCCUCUCCGAGACUUUCGCCCAAGAUUUCCAACUUAAAUACAACUGCAGCGCAUGGAACAGAUUUGGUACUGGCACUGCACUGGUCACUCUGGAAGAGGAAGAGGCUCUUCCCCUGCUUAUCAUCAUUGGAGCAUCCGUGGGAGGAGGCUGCGUCUUCAUCAUUUGUGUCAUUGCCCUGGUUUCCAUCUGCUGCCGCCACACUGCUAAAGGCAAAAAGGGCACACGUCUGUCUAAGAGUGACAUCCGCGUACAAAUCGUGCACAGCGAUCACAUCGCAGCUCGUGGAAAUGAUGACGAAGAGGACGUGAAGGAGCCUAUGGCGCCAAAUAGCAGCGAGUCUCCUGGAACAUCUCGCACGGAGCACAGCGACCUGCUGGAGGAAGAAGAUGAUGAGAGAUCAGAUGUCAAGGACCCCACAAAUGGCUAUUAUAACGUGCGGGCCCACGAUGAACGCAACACCCCCAGAACCGGUUUCUCUGAAUACGCGCCGAAUUCUCGGCCGGUCUACACUCCUUCUCAGCUCCCCUCGCCGAGCCCCUUGUACGGCCAGCACUCCACUCAGCCUCGGAUGUACGACUUCUCCCAGCGUUAUAACACGACCCCGGCCCCACGCACCACCUAUGAACAACAGCCGCCGCAACAACCCCAACAGCAGCAAACUCCCACAGUCUACCCCCAGGAGCCGCUCUACCCUGGCUCCGCCUACCUGCCUUCCACCUACGGGCGCGCCUUCACUAGCUACGUCAAGCCCGCCUCCUACGAGAAGGUUGACGUGUUUGAGCAUUCAGACGAGGCCAGCAAAGUUUCCAGCUCUUCCCGCUUCUCGUACGCAUCUUCACAGGUGUCGCAGCAGUCCGAUUACGGGCGGCCUUCGCAGCAACGCAUGCAGACUCACGUGUGAUUGGCUCCUUAAAGACCCGCCGCUGGUUUGGCAUCAUCCACGACACACGGAUUUAUAUCAGACAUUAUUCUGAAUUGGAUUCAGGAGGGAUUAAGCAAUUAUCCGCUUGAGAGGCAGGAAUGCACUGAGAUUUGAGAAAUGCGGUCUUUGCUUUUCUCGCUGUCGAAGGGCAACUUGAUGAUGCGCCAAUCGAGCUUGAAGAGUCACCUGAUUGUUCAAGCUGCUAAUGUGAAUUCCUUCGUCCAAAUGCUGAACUUCAGGAGAAAUGAACACCGUCCUUCGAUUCUUCUGCGUGACACUGUUUUUCUGCAAAAAUGUUCUAGCACUGACAAUUCCAGACCCUGGAAAGGGCCGUGCUGUGAGAGGAAGGAACGGCUCUCCUGAGCUCAUCUUCACGACACUACGCUAAAACAAUCAAAAUAUACAUGAAGUACAAAAUGUAAAAAAUAAAUGUGUUUGUUGGCAUGCUGAUGGAAUUGUUAGCACAUUUGUGUAUCAAUGACAACAGGUCUUGCCUAUGUAACGCGGCUCAAAGGUCAAUCCAUUAAGCAGGGGAGCUAAAGGAAGACGAGCACAUGCGCGCUCGCUAUUUAUCCAAAAGCUCCACCUGCGGUCUGCACUGCUUUCGGGCUCUCAAGUGAGUAUCUAUGUAACGCCUCAACAGACCAGUGCAGGAAACUGGAAUUGGAAUACUUUUCUUAUGGACAGAACCGUAAGAUGCUUUUCUGUCUGUUUAAUGGAAACGAUUGGCCAACCCCCAAAGAAGAUAUUUUAAAAAAUAGUUUCUUGAACGAAGCCGCGCAAACCUAAAUUACCACAUGGCCUUGGGGUGUGCAGUAAUAUUCUUGUAAUGUUCCUCACGUGACCACUGUAUGUUAUUUGAGACAGAGUGCGCCAAGGUGAUUGUUUUGAUGACAUUGGUGUCACCGUCAGGUAGCACGAACAUGUUUACAUAGAUCUAAAAAAGAUGAACGAACUAGCAAGUGAAAUGCAGUACAAUCCAUUUUCACUUCGAGCCACUCCGACGACUGUAAAAAUAGUUGGGAAAUUCACUCCUGUCUGUUGCAUGCAGAUGUGUGUAUGUGACCGUAUUCAGCAUCUCUUCUCAUCUGUUUGUUCCUUGUGUAAGAAAACCGCUUACUGCACCCUAAUUCAAUUCGAUUUUGGAUACCUGGACAUGCAGGUUUCCAUACUGCCAUUUUCCGUUGAGCCUGAAUGGUCGGCUCCGUUUUGGAAGAAAUGUCAAAACGAACUGUAUGAUAGGUGAAACAAAUCACUGCUUGUCUUUAUUUUUAUAUUUUAUAUAAGCCUUAAUGUACAGCGUGUAAGCUGCUCUAUUGUAAAGUACCUUUAUAUUAUAAACGCAUAUAACUAUUUGGUUGACCAUGAUUUUUAACACAUAUGUUACUUAUCAGUUUCGGAGAGCCAGAAGUGAGGUGUUACGCAACUAAUUGACUUUUUAUUUCUUCCGUUUCUUUUUUUAAUAAUGUUUGAAUCAUUUUAUUUGCUAAAAAUGAGCUAUUGUUGCUGGUAACUUUGUACACAUAUUUAUAUUUAAAUAAAACCAUUUCAAAUAAUA